GCGGCCGGAACGUGCUCGCGCCCGUGGCCGCCGCCCGCGCCGCGGCCGCCCGGGUCUCGGAGCGAGCGCACGUGCGCCGGCCAGACCCAGCGGAGGCAGCGUCCGGGCACUCGAGAGGAAAUGGAGGGCGCGGCGCUGUUCACGGGUAGGGUACAGUGUGGGCUGAGUUUCGCCCCGAGAGGGGAGAGCGAGGAAGGAGAAGCACUGAGGGCCGGAGAGGAGAAAGGGAGGAUCACGAGCUAGAGCAACCCGACGGCCAUGGAGGCCGAAGAGACGAUGGAAUGCCUUCAGGAGUUCCCGGAACAUCAUAAAAUGAUCCUGGACCGAUUGAAUGAACAGCGAGAGCAGGAUCGGUUUACUGACAUCACCCUGAUUGUCGACGGACACCAUUUUAAGGCCCACAAGGCUGUUUUGGCUGCUUGCAGUAAGUUCUUCUACAAAUUCUUUCAGGAGUUUACUCAGGAACCUUUGGUGGAGAUAGAAGGUGUUAGUAAAAUGGCCUUUCGUCAUUUAAUUGAGUUCACGUAUACGGCAAAAUUAAUGAUACAAGGAGAAGAAGAAGCCAAUGAUGUAUGGAAAGCAGCAGAGUUUCUACAAAUGCUAGAAGCUAUCAAAGCCCUUGAAGUCAGGAACAAAGAAAACUCAGCUCCACUAGAGGAAAAUACCACAGGAAAAACUGAGGCAAAAAAAAGAAAGAUUGCAGAAACUUCAAAUGUUAUCACUGAGUCAUUGCCCUCUGCAGAAUCAGAACCGGUUGAAAUUGAGGUGGAGAUUGCUGAAGGCACAAUUGAAGUGGAAGAUGAAGGCAUCGAAACAUUAGAGGAAGUGGCUUCUGCCAAGCAGUCCAUAAAGUACAUUCAAAGCACAGGUUCCUCUGAUGAUUCUGCUCUGGCACUGUUGGCAGAUAUUACCAGCAAGUACCGUCAAGGUGAUAGGAAAGGGCAGAUUAAAGAAGAAGAUGGUUGUGCAUCUGACCCCACAAGCAAACAGGUAGAAGGUAUUGAAAUUGUGGAACUUCAGCUGUCACAUGUGAAGGACUUGUUCCAUUGUGAGAAAUGUAACCGUUCAUUUAAAUUGUUUUACCAUUUUAAGGAACACAUGAAAUCACACUCCACUGAGAGUUUCAAGUGUGAAAUAUGCAAUAAAAGGUAUCUUCGGGAGAGCGCAUGGAAACAGCACCUCAACUGUUACCACCUUGAAGAAGGUGGAGUCAGUAAGAAGCAAAGAACUGGGAAAAAAAUUCACAUAUGUCAAUACUGUGAGAAACAGUUUGACCACUUUGGACAUUUUAAAGAGCAUCUUCGAAAACAUACAGGUGAAAAACCUUUUGAAUGUCCAAACUGUCAUGAGCGAUUUGCUAGAAAUAGCACCCUCAAAUGUCACCUGACUGCGUGCCAAACUGGAGUAGGGGCAAAAAAGGGAAGAAAGAAGCUUUAUGAAUGUCAGGUCUGUAACAGUGUGUUUAACAGCUGGGACCAGUUCAAAGAUCAUUUGGUAAUACACACUGGAGAUAAACCCAACCAUUGUACUUUAUGUGACUUGUGGUUUAUGCAAGGAAAUGAAUUAAGGAGGCAUCUCAGUGAUACUCACAAUAUUUCAGAGCGUCUAGUAACCGAAGAAGUUCUUUCAGUAGAAACGCGUGUGCAGACGGAACCUGUGACAUCAAUGACUAUUAUAGAACAAGUUGGGAAGGUGCAUGUGUUACCAUUGCUUCAGGUUCAGGUGGAUUCAGCACAAGUGACAGUGGAGCAGGUCCAUCCAGAUCUGCUCCAGGACAGCCAAGUGCAUGAUUCACAUAUGAGUGAGCUUCCAGAGCAGGUCCAGGUGAGUUACCUAGAAGUGGGUCGAAUUCAGACUGAAGAAGGUACUGAAGUACAUGUGGAGGAGCUGCAUGUCGAACGGGUAAAUCAGAUGCCAGUGGAAGUACAGACUGAACUUCUAGAAGCCGACUUGGAACAAGUGGCCCCUGAAAUCAUGAACCAGGAGGAGAGAGAGCCCACCCAAGCAGAUGCUGCUGAGGCUGCCAGGGAAGAUCACGAAGAUGCUGAUGGUUUAGAGACCAAAUCAACAGUGGAUUCCCAAGCUGAAAGGGCAGGGAAUGAGAACAGAACACCUAUGCCUGUUUUAGAAUGAAAUAACAAAUGAAUAUAUUUUUAAAUUUAUGUGUUGGAUUCUUGAACUGAUGAUGGGCAGUGUGACUGUCCUUAAACCAAGAGACAAGUGGACCAAAGUUGAAGUUUUUCAUGUUGUGCUGAACUGUUUCUGUUGAAACAAACUGAUUUCCCCCCACUUAAUGCCACAGAGGAGGGAUCUUG